AUGGGUGAAACUGAGCAGCAGCACGAAGUAGAUUUGGACGGCCUGUUUGACAAUGACGCCGAGGAAGACUAUGAGGAAGGACGAGAAUCGGUGGAUGAGCUGUCAGAGCUCUUUGGCGAUGAUGAUGAUGAUUGUGAAAAAGAAGAGCAAGUCCCUAAAUCGCCUAUAAGCAAAGCAAGUGAGAGUCAUAACAGGUCACGAGAAGAUUUACAAGAAGAGUUGAGGCAAAUGCAGGCAAAAAUGCAAGCGUUGCAGAAGCAGCUGGAAGCGAGCCAAAGUACUUCCUCUACAAUCUCACCUACUCUGAAAGCCUCGUCUCCCAAAUGUACUCCUGAUAAACCAGCUGCUGUGACACAGAAGAUCAAGAGUCUAUCAGAGGGUGACAAAAUGAAAUCAUCCAAUCCAGUUAAAGGAGAAAGCCAAAAGAUCCAAGAGUCCUCUGACUUUAUCUCUGAGUUGAGCAACGCUGAUUCUUUUAAACGUAAAGCAAGAGUGGCCCACCAAACCAAACCCACCACUUCACCGGAAUCUCGGGUGCCAUUAGUGGAGAUUAAGAUGGGAAGCUCCUUCCUGCCAGUGGAAAGCACAAGCAAAGCAGCGACUCCUAGGCGCCCGUCGACAACCUUCCACAGCAGACCUUGUCCGACCUCUUCAGCCGGGCCGCCUAAAGUGGACUCUCUUCCCAAAGACGUAGCAAUGGAAAAAUACUCUGGAUUGCGCCUCAGAAAGCCACGUGUUUCAUCCAGCGACAUGGACCGCAAAAUGGCUGACCGACGACUAAUCCGCCUGUCGCAGGUGCCGGAGCGCCUGCAGAGGGAGAAGCUGGAGGACAGCGACUGGGUGACAUUUGGCGUGCUGGUCAGCAAAGCAACGCCACAGAGCAGCAGUAGUGGUAAAACAUUUAGCAUCUGGAAGUUGAAUGACCUUCACAACUUGGACGUGUUUGUGUCGCUUUUGCUGUUCGGCGACGUCCACAAGGAGCACUGGAAAACCGAGGCAGGCACCGUCAUUGGACUUCUCAACCCCAACUCCAUGAAACAAAAAGACGGCUAUGACGGGGUUAGCUUGACAGUAGAUCAUCCGCAGAAAGUUUUGUUACUAGGCGAAGCUCAAGAUUACGGCACAUGCAAAGCAAUGAAGAAAAAUGGAGACCCCUGCUCUCAGCUUGUAAACUUGUAUGAGUGCCAGUACUGCCAGUAUCACGUCAAAGCUCAGUACAAAAAGAUGAGCUCCAAGCGGUCCGAGCUGCAGUCGGCGUUUUCCGGAAAGGCGCCCAAUAAGAUGAAAGGCGUCAGCCUAAGGGAGCGCAUCUGUCAGGACGGAUUCCACUACGGCGGCGUGUCGUCGGCCGCCUGCGCAGCGUCACUAUCCAAAUCUAAAAAAGCAGGACAGACGACUCUGGACAAGCUCUUUGUGAGGGGUUCCGCUCGUCACAUUCUUGAGGCGAAAAUGCUUGCAAUGAAGUCUGGUGAAGUUUCCAAUUGUUCAAAUGAAUUCAAGAGUUUGAUGUUGAUGCCGUCGCCAGGGGCGCUACAGCUCAAAAAGCACCUGACGCAGGGGAAUACAACGGUCUCUAAAGGUUCACAAGGAUCUCCCCUUCAGUCCAUCUCCGCUUCCGACCUUUUGAAGCAACAAAAACAAAAGCACAGGGAAUUCCUGAUGAACCGAAGACGACCGGAGGGUGCGACGCCAAAGUCGACCCCGGCCUCUUUACUGACAUCUCCUAAAGCGGCUCCCAUCGUCCCCAAGUCUGGUCAAAGUCCCGCCACGCCGCAAACCCCCACGCUAGGUGGAGGCCUCUCAAAAGGCGAGGACGUCCUCUUCUUCGACGCCAGCCCGCCCCCCGCGCCGAGCCUGUCGGCCGCCAAGAUGGCCGCUCUAAAGAAACUGAGAGCAAAGGGGAUGGCGCUGGACAAGGAGGACCCAAAUGCCGUCAAGAGGAAGAGGACAAGCAGCAGCGAGAUCAGCGCACGUGUGGAGAAAAACCUCACGCCACCUAAUGAAUCGGAGGAUGUUGAUUUGGAGCCAGCUGAGAAAAGAAAGCGAGAUGAGCUCAGCUACAUUCAGUCGGAGGCCUUUCAAAAAAUCCUCAACGCCAAAUCCAUCCAUGGAGCUGCCCUACAGGCGGCUGAAUAUCAGCUACAGGAGCAAUACUUUGACGCACUAGUAAAGAAGGAGCAGCUGGAGGAGAAAAUGAAGGGAAUCCGAGAGAUGAAGUGUCGUGCCGUUUCCUGUAAAAAGUGUAACUACACUUAUUUCAAACCGGCGGACCGCUGCGUUGGGGAGAAUCACCCGCUGCACUGGCACGACGCCGUCAAACGUUUCUUCAAGUGUCCAUGCGGACAAAGAGCCAUCGCGCUUGACAGACUGCCGCACAAACACUGCAGUAAUUGCGGCCUGUUUAAAUGGCAACGGGAUGGAAUGCUGAAGGAGAAAAAAGGACCAAAUAUUGGCGCGGAGCUUCUCAAACCUCGAGGGGAAGAGCACGGGAGAUUCCUAAACAGUCUUAAGUAG